UCCAACUCCUUCCUUCAGCAAAGAGCAAACUGCCCUAGCCUCCACCAAAGAAAGCAAACUCUAGCCUCCACCAAUAGUUGUCGCCGUCUGUCGUAGUGAGAGACUGCUGCCGCCGUCCAUCGCACUCAAGAACUUCCGUCUUCGUGCUCUCGGGCCUCUCGCCGGAUCCUCCACGUCGGGUGCUCGCAUCUCGCCGGUCUCCUCUGUGCUCGGCUGCUCGCACCUCCCUCCGCCAGUGAGUGCUCGAGCUGUGCGUGUUGGUUGCUGCUCGUCGUCUGUGGUUGUCUCUGCUCGAUUCUGCCUCCCAGUCUCACUCGAGUCUCGUCUCAGUCACUGGCAUCUCGUGGUUCGUCUGUCUCGUCGCCGGCGGCAGAAGCAACUCGUGGGGUUGUCUCUUGCUUUGUCUCCUUCCGUGGGGUGGUCGCCGACUCGCCGUCUACCGUUGCUGAGAAAUGAGCAGCAGCAUAGUUAUGAGUGUUCAGCUUUCAAGUUUAUGGCUUCACAACUUUCCGGCAGUCACACCUUCUCUCUUUCUUCCCAGCGGCGGAGGUGGAGGAGGGAGGUCUUCCCCAUCAGCUCUCUCUGCCACACCCAACCUCUCUUCCCAUUCUCCUACCGUUCAGAUUGUUGGUGUGAAAGGCCAUGAUGGAUAUGGCAAUGUCAAUGUGAAUAGCAACGUAUUUGAUGGCUUCCAAGGAGAUAAUGAUUAUUGGAGUGAUCUUGACAAUGAUCUUUAUUACUGGACAAAGGCAUUGCGCCCUGUGCAGUGGUUUCCUGGUCAUAUUGCAAAAGCAGAGAAAGAACUCAAGGAGCAGCUUAGGUUGAUGGAUGUUGUCAUUGAGGUGCGAGAUGGCAGAAUUCCAAUGUCCACAACUCAUCCACAGAUGGAUCUAUGGCUUGGUAAUAGAAGGAGAAUUUUGGUUCUUAAUAGAGAAGACAUGAUAUCAACUGCCGAUCGUAAUGCUUGGGCAGCUUAUUUUGCUAAGCAAGGCACAAAGGUGGUCUUCUCCAACGGGCAACUUGGAAUGGGUACAAUGAAGCUAGGCCGGUUAGCAAAGGAAUUAGCAGCCGAUGUAAAUAUUAAACGCAGAGCCAAAGGACUGCUUCCUCGUCCGGUUCGAGCUGGAAUAGUUGGAUACCCUAAUGUUGGAAAGUCAUCGUUGAUAAAUCGUUUACUAAAGCGAAGAAUGUGCCCUGCAGCCCCCAGACCAGGAGUUACAAGAGAAUUGAGGUGGGUUCGUUUCGGAAAAGAUCUUGAACUGUUGGAUUCUCCUGGGAUACUUCCAAUGCGAAUCAGUGACCAAUCAGCUGCUAUAAAACUCGCCAUAUGUGAUGACAUUGGAGAGAGGUCCUAUGAUGUCACUGAUGUUGCUGCAAUUCUUGUGCAGAUGCUUUCAAAGCUUCCAGCAGUAGGUGGAGAUGCUCUUCGCAAGCGAUAUAAGAUUGAUGUAGAUAGUCAAUGCGGCAAAACAUUUGUAGAGAAGCUUGCACUCCAAGUAUUUAAUGGAAAUGUUCAACAAGCGGCAUUUCGGGUCCUUUCAGAUUUUAGGAAAGGUAAAUUUGGUUGGACUGCACUGGAGAGGCCUCCGAGAUGAUGGAUGUGGUGUUCGCUUUCGAAACUAGAACUCUUGUGAAGCUUGAACUGAAGGUAAGAAUACCUUCAAGGCUAGAACUCAAUCCUCCUUGGUGAUAAGUGAAAAAAUGGAUAUCGUGAUUAUGAAUGACAUGAAUGGAGGACAAAGGUGGUGAAUGUUCUGAAAAAGACAACACCAUUGAAGAGUUUAAGUUACACCAAACAAAGAAUCUUUCCUGCUGUUACCAUGGAAUUAGUUGGCUCGAUGUAAGCUAUGUCUGUAUAAUCAAUAAUGUAUUAAUGCAAUGUAUAUCUUUAAUUUUGUUA